AUAUUCAUCUCCUGUUCCUUCCAGGCGGUAAUCAACAGCACCAUCACACCCAACAUGAUGUUCACCAAAACCUCACAGAAGUUUGGCCAGUGGUCUGACAUGCGCGCCAACACUGUGUAUGGCCUAGGCUUCUCCACAGAGGCUGAGCUAAACAAGUUCAUCGAGAAGUUCCAGGAGGUGAAGGAGGCGACGCGCUCCAGCAAGAGCAACGGCACAAUCAGUGGUGGUGGUGGUGGCGGAGGCGGAGGUGGUGGAGGGGGUGUGGGUGCAGGGGGCGGGGCAGGGGGUGCCGUGUCCUCAUCGUCAGGCCCGGCCUCCGCCACAGGAGAAUCAGCUAGUCCCCUGCUCCUCUCACACUUAGAAUCUGCCAAGUGCUUCUUGAUUUUAAGCAGGAGUUUGCAAAUUGGCAUUGCUCAUGAUGAUCAAAAGUCAGGGAAUAAAAGGGCUUGUAUUUGGGGGAAACAGACCCCAUUCAAGUGUGACGUGCAACACUUUGCAUUGGAGUUCCCCUUGACAGCUCGCUUUGUAGCGAUAUCAUGGGUUUUAGAAGAUACAGUUGCACUGCAUAAAGUUAAGAACCCUAGAGAGCAGGUUGCUUUAUAUCCAUCCCAGAGACAGAUUGUGUGUGGAGCAUAUAACAGUGGACUUGAAAAUAGCAGGGAAUGUGUGGACCCAGACAGAGCAGUCUACUUGGCCACUCUGGUCUUGGCUCUCGAGGACGACAUCGGUGCCGCCCUUUCAAGAAAGUCUUCUCGACGCUCCAGGAGUCUCUUAGGAGUAACACAUAUCCAUGAAGGGAGACAAGGCAGUGAUAUGAGAACGACAGAAUCAGAUUUCUUUAUAUCAUGCAUAUGGUGGUUGCAUGAGUUGGCAAGUGGCAAGACUACUCCUUUCUGUGCUUGGGCGCUCACGGUGUGCAAAAAGAACCUCACUAACACAUGGCUGACUUUGGCCACCACUUACACUGUGUGGCAUAACGUAACGGCCGAUGCAAUCCUCGCCCCUUUUGUUUCCUUUACCGCGGCUCCUUUUGCAGGUCUGGACCACCUAGCCCUGGCCAACUCUAAUGACAUAAAUGCCACGCUGCUCAAAUCGUCUCUUGUUGCUCACCAGCGCUCUCAGAGCCUCUCAGCAGGACUCCAGCCUGCAGGGGAGAGCCCCAAACACAAGCAGGCUGGCGCCGGAGGGGGCGGUGGCGGUGGAGGCGGAGGCGGGAGUGACAAAGGUGGAGCUGCAGGUGCAGGGGCCAACGUCGACACACAGGUGCAGCUCAAGUAUGAAAAUGACAGGCUCAAGCUGGCCCUAGCUCAAAGUUCUGCCAAUGCCAAGAAGUGGGAGAUUGAGUUGAACUCACUGAAGACGACGAAUGCACGGCUCACAUCAGCGCUUCAGGAGUCCACAGCCAACGUGGAAGAGUGGAAGAAGCAGUUGCAGACCUACAAAGAGGAGAACAGCAGGAUGAAGACGCGCAUACAUGAGCUGGAGGCUGGAGGCAGGACAGGGGUAGGAGACUCAGAUGAAUUGGUGAAGGAGGUUGGUGCGCUGCGAGCUCGCCUCGAGGGUAUGGACGAUGAGAUCCGUUCUCGGGAAGCCACCAUUGAGGACCUAGAGAAACAGAUCCAGCGCAUGCGUGCAGAUGACCAGAAGCUCCAGCACCUUGCAGAAGAAAAUGAGCAGCUACGCAUGGAGACCUCCCGAGCACAGUCACAAUUGGAGGUUGCCAUGGCAACGCAGGACAGCCAGCGCGGCGUGGUGGAGAGUGUGAACAUGCAGCUUGGAGACCGGAUCAAGGACCUUCUGGCCCUCCACCAUGAGCUGAACCACCUGCUCACCACCUGAGGGGGGUCAGGUCGGGGGCCGCCUCCUCCCCCCGCUUCCCAACGCUCCAAUGCGGCCGCAGGCCAGAGAAAGACCAUUCGCCUUCAGGCCGUCUGGCACGUUUGAAGCGUGGGCGCGGGGACUCCCAAACACGGCUGCUUCUGACCUGGGAACACGCUAGUCUUUUACUAUUCUCAUCUGUGAACCCCCACCCCACCCCCACCCCUCCCCCUUCAUCACCUGACAAGAGUUCCCUCUCUUGGCCCUCAGCCCACCACCUCCCCACCCACCACCCACCCAAGCUACAAAGUAAUCCCCUUGUUAUAUGAAUGAAAUUUCCCCUUCCCCUCCCCGCCUUCCCCCUCCCUUAUUGCCUUGUUUUCCAGACCCCCCCCCCCCCCCCUAUCCGCUUAACCAACUUAUGCUCAUAUGAUUCACCAGCUGCUGCUGUUGCUUGUUUUAUCAGCUUUUCUGUCCUAUGGCUUGUCUUUUGAUCUCUUUGAUGCCUAAUUUCUCCUUACAUAAAGAAAUACUUCUUCGGAUGUCAUGAUGCAUUAAUUUCGGAAGUAAACAUCCCCCAUCCCCCCACCACCACACCCCAACCCAUGGGCCCCAAGGACCACAAGCUUCACCACAGCUGAAGCGGUCAGCCUCAGAGAUGGACCCGCAUCACAGGUCCACCAGUUAUGUCUCUGCUCUCCCUCCUGCCACUUGCCCCUCUCCCUGUCAACUUGCCCUCCAUGUUGUUCCAUCAGUCUUGAUGGCGACUUGCUUUUCCCUUUCUAUUUACAAGCCUGAACUUCCCAGUUUCUCCCUUUCACUUAUGGCUUGUCAAACUACCCUGUUUUAUGGACUUCUUUACAUCUUUUUGUGUCUUGAGCCUUUUUGUGCUUAUGUUUGGGGUACACCCUUUAGUCCCCACUGUUAGCAGAAGCAAGAAGAAAAAUGAAGUUAAUAAUAAAAGCAUAUUGUGGUCUCUUGUCCAGGAAGUCUCAUUAAGGUAUUCCAAUUUAGGUGAUGGUCAUUGACAAAACAGAAUUGAUAGAAUAGUCAUCUCUCUUUGGUUAUCUAUAGAUGAAAGAUAGUAUUAAAAGAAAGGGACUUAUUUAUUCAUAUGUGUGUGUGUGUGUGUGUGUGUGUG